AGCUUAUAGGGGAGAAUGAUGUAUCUAAGGUAGAGGGGAGAGAGAGAGAGAGAGAGAGAGAGAGAGAGAGAGAGAGAGAGAGAGAGAGAGAGAGAGAGAGAGAGAGAGAGAGAGAGGCUGAUGCGAAGCUGAUAUUGGAUGGGGAGUGUGUGAAUGUGUGUUUGAGGAGAGUUGUGAUUAAAUGUGUGUACAGCAUUUAGUGACUGUACAGCAUGUGCACAUAUGAGUGUGUGUGUGCGAGCAUGUGUAUGUAAGAUCAGGAAGCGGAAACAGUAGUUACCUGGAAGACCUAGAAGAAACAUGGAGGACAAAGAAUGCAACAGCGUCGGCAUCAUGAGGCUCGUAUCAGAGGAGAGCUGUAGCUCCACUGUGACAGACGAGUCGCGUGUCUACUACCAGACUGAGAUCUUUGACCAGCUCCCCAGCUCUCUGGCCCGACGGACCCACCACCACCAGGACAGGGGGACCACGGAGACAUCGCACCCAGUAGAGAUGCACCCUGGCCAGGCAGGAGGAGCCAGGGACAGGGCCCCUACCCAGCCGAUCAGGAGUCUGCCGGUCUGUAUGCAGAGGAAGAGAGAGGCAAGGGACCAAAGGCACAUGCAGACGCCUACUAUUGGCCGAUGGGAGUCAUGGAAGCGGAACCAGAGCAUAAACAGGAAGAGGCUCUGGGAGCAGGUCGGCAAGGCCAUGUCAAGGCUUUUACCAUGGAGCAGCAUCCUCCACACCAUUGAAGGUAGAUUUGGUGUAGGUGUGAAGGCUUAUUUUGUGUUCCUGAGAUAUCUGGUUUACCUGAACCUGCUCCAGUGUCUGGUCAUAGGAGGGACCAUACUCACACCAACAGCAGUCUAUGACAGCGAUGGUGACAGAGGACUUCUGAGGUUUGAGGGCAAUGACUCGGUUUUGGACUUCUUCAUUGGUUCGGGUUUUCUAGAACGUUCUCCAAUGUUCUAUGGGUUCUAUGCAUGUAGUUCUCUGGACCUGCAGUGUCUGAACACGCCCCUCCUCUUCCUCCUCGGAACCCUCACCGUCCUCAUCCUCAGUCUGGUCAUGGUGGUCCGCAGGACGGUUGUAGGCUACAAGCACACGUGGUUGCUAGGCAACCACUACAACAUCCACAUGAGCUACAAGGUGUUCUGUGGGUGGGACUUCUGUAUCCAUGAUCCCGAGGCCGCCGCCCACAAACUCAGCUUCAUCAGGAACGAACUGAAGUUGUACCUAGAAGAGGAAAGGUUCCAGCAGCGCGAGGCCAGGAGGACGUUGGGUCAGUGGGCACACCUCUACUCCCUGCGAGGGCUGCUUCACUUCCUGGUCCUGGUUCUACUGGGCGGAGCCUUCUGUCUCAUCUACUAUGCCACCUUGGCCUCACAGGCUGAGAGGAGUGUAGACUAUUUGAUCAUCAGGGUGCUUCUCCAUUACCUUCCUCCCAUCGUCAUCACCCUAGUCAACUUCUUCCUGCCUCACGUCUUCCGCCAUAUCGCUUCCUUCGAGGAUCACUCCCUCACCACCCAGGUCAAUGCUACCAUCGUCAGGAGUAUUUUCCUGAAGUUGGCCAGUCUGGGGAUGUAUCUCUUCUUCCUCUUCAGAAACAGAGAACAGGAAUGUUGGGAGAAUCAGUUUGGUAAAGAGAUGUACAAGCUCUCUGUGUUCGAUUUCCUCGCCUGUUUCUGCAACACCUUCUUCAUCGCCUAUCCUAGAAAGUGGUUGGUGGAAAGGUACCCAUCGUCUUGGCUGGCGCGGUUGUCGGGGAAACAACAUUUCCUGAUCCCGUUCAAUGUUCUAGACCUGGUGUACAGUCAGACGGUCACCUGGGUAGGACUGUUCUAUUGUCCCCUGCUGCCAUACAUAGGGAUUGUCAAACUGGUGGCCAUCUUUUACAUUAAGAAGUUGACAGUACUCCAGUGCUGUGUUCCGGCCCAGAGAAUGUUCCGUGCCUCCAGUUCUUCAGUUCUGUUCCACUUCAUGUUACUACUGGGUCUCAUCAUGGCAGCCAUCACCCUUGGAAGUAACCUCCAACAGUUUCCCCCCUCCCCCAGCUGUGGUCCGUUCGUGGGCAGCGCUACAGUGUUUAAUGUAACAGCUGUGUGUGUGGACAGUCUGCCAGGACUGGCCCAGUCCACCCUGAGAUACCUGUCCUCAGAGGCCUUCAUUCUGCCUCUGAUACUGGCUCAGAUUGUUGUCCUGACCACCUUUGAGUCACGGAGGAGAGCAAAUGGAAAAGCCAUUGAGAGACUGAAGGACAUGCUGGUGAUGUGCACCUCAGAUAAGCAUUUUCUGCUGAAGCAGCACACUCUCUCACUCAGACGCCAGAAGAAAACCUUCAAGGCCCCCACCACUGUUUCAGGCACGAAAGAGGGCAGCCCUACCACCAAGAAGGACCCCUCAGCAGGCAUCGGAGAGGACAGCCAUAUCACUCAACUGAAGGACCCCUCUGCACAGCCUACAGGAGAUGACAGCCCAUCAUAGAGAUAGAGGACUCUACCGAAAAUUCAGUUUUAGCAUGGGCAGCGCCAUUCAGGACUUUCAUCAUUUUGAAGUAGUCAACUGUGUGGAACUUUCUAUGGGUUAAGGAAGGAUCACAUGAUUCCAUCCAGGUCAUCAGCCAAAUAAUUAUACUUGUGAGGAAACAUUCCAUAACUGCAGGUAGCUGUAAAUCGCCAACCCUGUCUUUAUACCUGUUCAAACAACACACUCCAGGUGGCAGUAUGCACCCUUUCAGUUUGUUUACCAACUCAUAGAAGUA